UCGUUGCCAUUUCGCUCAAAUAGGAAAUCACACUAAAGCAUCAGCCAGGGAUCUGGCCUCGUGGGAAAGAUUUCAUCGGCGAAAGUGCAAUCAGCUUUAGCUACUAUGAGUUACCGUCUUCUUGAGAUGGUAUUCCGAAGGCGGCGAAUCUGCUUCAGAUAUUAGAGCGCACUAAAUCUCAUGCCAAGCCUUAGCUCACAAGCCUGCUUGUCCAGACCCCUUUCUAGAGUAACCAUGUGCCGAAGAACCAACCCGCGCUGCGUUUCAGCUGGGUUCCCGUGCAGAUGUUGGCCCGGAAUAUUCCUGUUCCGAUCAUUUGCUGGACAGCGUUCGAUAUGUCGUCUUCUUCCCUGCUUUUCGUUAUCCCCAGCUCCGUGGCGUAUAGUAGCAGCUUUUAUUCGUUUCCGAACCAAUCCAAUGCGAAGUAGACUGCUGGUACCUUGCCAGCCCUCUCAGCUUCCCCUUGCAUCACGCGCUUGUGCAGCAUGUACGGCCAAGAAACGCAAGUGUGAUAAACAGCUACCCAGCUGCUCUCUUUGCACACGGACUGAAACUCGGUGUUCCUACAAGCGCGGCUCUACCGAGUUCAUACUCGUCCCUGUGGAAAACCAGCAAGUUCCAGCAGCGCAAAGGCAACUAGCUGAUCAAGGGUCUGACUGUUCUAUAGAGCACCGGAUAAUUCCAAGCCCCCAGUAUGUUAUGCCAGAAGAGUCUGCGUCUACUGCAAGGCGAGGAAAAAAGCUUGCGAUAAGCGGGUUCCCCGAUGUUCACGGUGCGAAAGCUUGGGGAUUUCCUGCACAUAUAAGAGAUUCCUCGCUUCUGAAGGGACCAUUGUACCCGUACCUGGCACACCGCCACCCGAUACGCUGCUGAAUCGCUCACCCUACCCUGUACCAGUCCGCAAAGAGUUUCCAGAGCUCAUUCGCUCCUUCCAGCACUGGAUGGGGGAGACGUGUCCGCUCACAUCGCAAACUCUGUGCUUUCACAUGCGUACGAUUUGGCUGCAGAAUGCCUUUUCGGACCCUUGCCUAUUUCAUACAAUAUUAUUCUACGCGUCAGCGCAAAUAGACAACAUCAGCUGCGGGACAAAUCGUAAUCCAAUCACGCUCUACCACCACAGCCAAGCCCUCAAUCGUAUCAACCAACGACUCUCGGCGAAUGGAGCAAUCGUUGAUGAUAAUCUCGUGGCUAGCAUUGCACUACUGGCUAUGCAUGCAGUAA